AUGAAAGAUUUUUUCGCCUCUUCUGUGUCACAGAUCUGUCUCCCGAUUCUACUCUGCUGUGCGCUUCUUUGUGUUCUUGAGGAGGUCAACGCUGCACCCCGGGGCGUAUUAAGCCCCGCUCGUCCAGAAGAUAUGUUGGGUGAACUGAGCUAUCAAGAGUACCUUCGUAUGUUAGCUGAUAAUGAUGAUGAUGAUCAUGAUGAUGGAUAUUUGGAGAAUGGUAUGGAGAAACGCAUGCCAUUCCUCUCCAGAUUGGGCAAACGAUUUUACAAUUUCCAUUCACGUCUCGUAUUGGGACCAGUUCAUGUUCUUCUAUGUGAUUUCUAA